UGUCAGUGCAGCUUAAAAGGAGGCUCCCUCUCAAGAGGGGUGGCUUCUUCUUCUUCUUCUUUUUUUAAAGUCUAAUUAUAGCGCAAGCCAAUGAGCAGAUCGGCUGUUCCCCUCACAGACCCUGCUGUGUAGUGCAAGGAGGGCUGGGCGGUAGGACCCCAACCACCUCCCGCGUUUGUGGGAGUCAGCAUAGCCUAGAAGACGAGGAGGAGGGAAUGCAAGGCGCGUUUCGGGCAUCAGAGUUUUCCUAGCGGAGGGUCUCGGACUUCGAACGUUCCGUGGUUCGGGCGGAAAUAAAGCCCAGUUUUAGGGUCGCAACGUUCCAAGGUUCGAACGUUGCUGCUCUCAAGGUUCCGACGCGCCAGCCCAGCGCACGUCUCUAAAGCGGAGCUGGUCGCUUUCCUCCUCCUCCUCCUCCUCGGUUCCUUCUUCCCACCCCCACCCCCUGCCGCUGCUGCUCCCCCCAAGUUUGCCCAGAGCAAGUUCGCUCUCACAGCUCGCUUGGUGCCACCCAUUGCAGCCCACCACUCCUCCUCCUCCUCCUCCUCCACCAGCACCAGCACCACCACCUCCGCCUGCUUUCUGGGGACGUGCUGGGCGUCCCUUGGCUUAUCUCUGUCCCUGGUGGGGAAUGUGGACAUGGCCGGUGACAGGAGCCCUGGGGUCCUCUUGUGCCGGCGACGCUUCGGGCUCCUGCUGCUAGCGACAGCGGCUGCCGGACUAUUCAGCGGGGUGUCUGGAAUCAAGAAUCCCAGCUGCCACGAAGUGAGGACUGCGUUUCAGAUCCGACAGAUCGGUCCCCUCAAGCUGGUUCCCGAUGUUCCCACAGCCGAUUCCAACUUGCAGAUUUGUCAACACAGAGCACCAACUUGUUGCACUAAGAAGAUGGAAGAAAGCUAUCAGGCAGCUGUUCGGAGGGAGAGGAUGGAAAAUAUCCAGACUCUAAACUUUGAACUGAAAUAUAUGAUUGUUGGUCACAUCACAGCUUUUCAAGCGGCCUUUGAGACAUUGCUUCGCUUUGCUGAGAACCAUACAACUUCUCUGUUUGAGACUGUCUACAGAUCUAUGUCAAAGGAAGCAGCAGAGCCUGUCAAGGAGCUCUUUACGGACAUCUCUCUCUACCUUUUGGGUGCUCAGACCACAGUAGAAAGUGCAUUUUCCCGGUUCUUUGACAGCCUCUUCCCUUUGGUUUACAGCCGCUUAAUAAACCCAGGAAUUACAGAUUUGUCAGAAGAGUAUACGGAGUGCUUGAGACUAACACGGCAAGACAUCAAUCCAUUUGGAGUCUAUUCUAGAGAAGCAGUUACAGAACUGGCAAAGUCACUCUGGGCAAACAGAAUGUUUAAUCAGGCCCUUGGUAUGGGCAUCGAAGUGCUGAAUGCUACUGAACAUGCCACUUUGACGAAGGAAUGCAUCAGAGCACUAGUGAAGAUGCAGUACUGCCCACAUUGCCAAGGCCUGACGCUAAUUAGACCCUGUGAAGGGUAUUGCCUAAAUGUAAUGAGGGGAUGUUUUGCCAGUGUAUCUGAACUGGAUGCUCAGUGGAGGGAAUAUAUUUAUACCCUGGAAUAUCUCACUAAUGAAAUGGCUGGAUCUCGUGAUCUGGAGCUGGCACUUUUGAGUAUCCGGAAUUCAGUCAAUGAAGCCAUUUUGCAUGCACAGCUGAAUGGACCACAACUGUCUGCUACUGUAGAUAAAGUGUGUGGACAGCCUGAAGAAAGAGAAGUGAAAUCUUUACCAGACAAUAUAGUGCAAGCAAAGGAAAUAAUUGAAAUGCCGUCUCUUGCAAUGGCACACUCUACUACUCUAAACAAUAAAAGGAGUUCUCUGCCUCUGAAAGCUUCAAAGAAUGACAAAUCCAGAAGUUUGAAAAAAAUGUCUCGGGAGUUCAUCAGCUACAUGAAACGAUCCAGAACUCUUUAUGCCUCUUUAACAGAACGACUCUGCGAUGGGGAUCUUGUGAUGAAAGACAGCUCAACAUGUUGGAAUGGAGAGGAUGUUGUGGAAAGUUAUACUAGCAGAGUGGUUACCAGUGGACUGAAGGCACAAAUUAAUAACCCAGAAUUGAAAGUCAGAGGAUUGGACCAACACAUCAGUAACUUAAUUGAUAAACUGCUGCACUUUAAUCAGCUGGAGAUGGAGAAGACAAAUUUGAAAUCUGAAAGAUGGGCCAUCAGGGAUAGUGGCAGUGGAGACAGAAUGAAUGAAGAGAUGGAAUCCAGUGGAGAUUGUGAUGAUGAGGACGGAUGUCAAGGGUCUGGUGACAAGAGCCACGCAAAAGAUGUUCUCGGAUCUAAUCCAGGUGAUAGGAAUGAGCCCAAAGCAACUGUGAAACAGAUGGACACCACAACUACAGCCACUGUAAAAUCAGCUCCUUCAAACACAAAGGACAAAGUUACGGGCAAUCGAGCUUCAAGUUCCUUGCUCUUCAUUAGCACUGCCCUUGCAGUUUUGUGGCAUUCUUUGUCAUAGCUGCAUUAUGUUGCAGUAACUGUGCAAGAAUUUCUGCUCUCUGUCAUUUAUACCUACAGCCUUAUCCAAGUGAAAACAAAGUUAAAUGGCUCUCUAAAUGGUGCGCUGCACUUCUAGUAUUAUGGUAUGUUAGUAUAAAUGCUAAACAUUAGUCUGGGACUGGCUAACAGCAAGCAUCAGUGUGUACAUGGUGCCUGGAGAUGGUUCUUGAUAACACCUUAUCUACUCAAGAUGUAAAAAGGAUGAAGACAGGAGACCUGAGUAGAUUAAGUUAUUGUGAUAGAUACAAUUAAGAAUGUUAAAGUUGUAAAUUAAUAUGUUGGAAUUUCCCCCUUUUUCUUCAUUGGAUAAUGGACUGUUGUCUAUUUGUUUGCUCAUUCAUAUCAGUUUCAUUGAAUUAUCAGUUUUCAGGUACAGAUUAAAAUAAGUUAUAUCACUAGGGAUCAGCCACAAUAUAUAAUUAAGCAAACAACAGCACUGUCUACCAGCUGGAUUAAAUUCCUAAGUGUUCAAGAAAAUCAUUGCAUGUUUGAAUCUGUUUUCUUUCAUAAUGUUUAGAAUGUAGACAGCAAUAUAUGAAAGAAUAUGCUGUGUCUAAUGUAUCCGUAUAGUUGCCUUAACCAUUUAGCAAAUGUAGAAACACUUCCAAGUUAUUUUAAAACAUGCAAAUGUGUUUUCCCACCCAUGUAUUUAAUUACCAAAUACUUAAGACUGUACUAUAUUACUGUCUGACAAAUGGAAAGAUUGCUGGGUAGGGAGAGCGUUUGACAGAUACACACAAGUUAUCUAGUUCAAGAAUCUCUUGCCUGCACAGUGUAAAAGCAAAACACCAGUCCAGAGAUCCUUACCAGUGCUUGAACUAUAGGGGCAGGAGAGGUAAGGGAGACAGCCCUUAAAGAAAUUACAAACUCUAUUCCUCUCAGUUUUAGCAAAACCAUGGUUUCCUUAUAUAGCCCUGUAAAUACAGUAACUAAGAGAAGUAUUGCAAAUGGUAAAAGGGGUGGGCUCCCUCUGGCUUCCCUAUAAUGCUCACAUACAACAAUGAGGUCUUUGCCAGUUGAAGAGGAAAGGCAGUGCCUGGAAUCAAUAUCCAUCACAUGUUGGGUGAUCAGCAUUGUCAGCUGAGAUCCUGACCACCAGGUGUUGUAGAUGUUCCCAUGACCUAGAUCCAGCAAGAAGUCUCACAUUCCCACCCCCCCACUCAAAGCAACAAAACUCUUUUGCAAAAACCGGGCAUGAUCCAGCAAGGAUCUAUGCACAGAUUGCCCUUGCUGAAUUGGGGCAAAAGUUUUUACCCAGCUAUCAGAGACAAGAUGGAUAUUGUUGCAUUGUAGAUCUCUGAAGUACAGUGUGUCCUAUAAACAAUUACCAGUUCACAUUUAUGUUUUAUUGUGCUAUAAUAGAAAAAAAAUAUGAAAGAACCUAGAAUGAUAAAUACAGUUAUUUGCUACUUUCUGCCUCUUAUGUAUUUUCAUCCCUCCCCCCCACCCCUUGGUUUUAUUGUAAUAAGGGCUUUUAAUCAUUGUUUAACUCAAUGGAUAUGUUUUACAGCCUGACAAGAAGUUACCAUACCACCAUUAGAAAGGAGAGGGCUUAUACAUGUAUUUUUGACAACUGUUUUUACAAUGCCAUUGAAAAUCUAUACAAUACAAUCCGAGUAGAAUUAACAAUGAUAACAAUCAUUAUGUCUCAGAUUUAUAUUUACUAACAAAGCUAGUCAUUCACAUAGCUGAAUAGUUGUUUUCAUGAUGCAGUAUAUUACAAUGUACAGUUUUCUAAGAUAUAAUGUAAAAUAUUUGCCUUUGGUAUAUAUGUCUGUGUGUAAAAAACAAAUUCCUUUGGGAAUUUGGUUUGAAAAAGAUAGGCUUAGUUUAAUGUGCCAUUUCUAGGAAGCAAAUGUGUUUAGAAUCAAAGUGUAAGACACAACCAGACAACUGUGUGCAUACAGAAUUGCUUGCCCUUAAGGGCUUCCCUAUUCACUUCAAUGACACAUUCAAAGCACACAUUUCUUAAGUGCAAGAUACUCUGUAUGAGCAAAGCAUACAUAGGUGUAUGCAAGAUAGAGCACUGCUUUUAGUCUGCAAUUGAGUUCUUAUCAUUGGAUUCCUGAGGACUUUGUUCCCAUUUUUAAAGGUAUGGACACAAUACUAAACAUAAGCACUUUUGUCUGGAUUAUUUCAGUGGGAAAAUUAAGCAUGCACUCAAAGCAAUGGGACAAAAUAUUUGUUUUGAUCUAGAUUAUGCCUUAAUUUUCUAAUCUAAUGGGGAAAUAUGAGACAGUGGCCACAUUCUCUUGUAAUGCGGACCCACAGUUGAAGGAGCUAGCGGUUCUGCAAGCAUUACAUCCAAAUGCGGGCAACUGGAGAUAGGCCUGGCCACAAAACCAAGGGUUAAAAUUUGGAACUCCAAUAUAAACCCUCAGGUUGUAGUGAGUUUCAUCGCCGCAACCCAGGGUUGGAUGCAGCCUGUGGUAUGUCUGAAUAUGGAGCUGCAGGCUGCAUCCACUGGAACUGGAGUUGAGGGAGGAAGCUCCUCCCUCAACUCUGGCAUGAUUGGCUGUGCGGGCUGUCCUUCAGUCAAGAAGGAAGCCCAGACAGCUAGCUCCCCUUCCUCUCUGCAGUCUCACUGACUGCAGAGAGAACACUCUUCAUUAUGUCCAAAUUUGGAUGGGAGAGGGGGGAGGGGAGGUGUGGAGCUGUGCAUCCAUUGGACCCUGGUUCCAUGUUGCAUGCAGCCACACUCUUUAGUGCCCCACAAAUUCAGGAGCAGGGCAUGCAUGCUGCUUCUGAGCCAGUGAACAGCCCAUUCUCACCACUUGCAAAUAUAGGGCUCUUCCGUUCCUCCUAAGGAGUGCGUCAUUGCAACUGUGUAGCUGCUUUCAUUAUUCCCAAUAGCUGUAGCAGUGCAGCAGUGAUGACCCUCUUGAGAGGUAUGGAACAGCCUUACAUUUGCAAGCUACAAGAACAGGCCAUUCAGUCGCUCAGAAGCAGUGUGUGUGCCUCACUCUUGGAUCUGCAGGGCACUGCAUUGUACAUAAGCUCCUAUGUUCAAAAAGCUCAGAAACUAGAAGGCUUAUUAGGAACCAGCCAUCAUAUACAGUUGAAACCAGAAGAUUAGAAGUAGAAACUCAGAGUAGAAACUCUGGUUUCUCAGUAGAAACUCAGAUCCAAAAGUCUACCAUACAUAGUAGCAUUUUAAAAAAUAUCUUAUAACCUUUCAGCCAUUCUUUGUAUCUUGAGCACCACUGUGCUCAAGAUACAAUACCCGAUUUUUAAAAUUUAUUUUUUUGGUCACUCUAGCUGGAUGGGAGACUUAGCUGGUGAGAGUGACAGGCUUUCUAGAAUUCUUCACACACUGGCCGCUAUUGACUAAAUUACUCAAUGGAAGUCCCACUGAAAUUAACAUGACUGAGUAAUUUAGUCAAGAGGUCACCCUUAGGAAUUAUUAUAUAUGGCACAACUGUACUUAAAAUAAAAUACAACAUGCAAAGAAAGAAGUUUCUUUGAGAUUUCAGAAAUGUCUCACUUUUCUCAAAAUAAUAAUAAUCUUUUCCACUGGGCUUCUAUCAGUUUUGGAACAAGAACAUUUCAUUUAUGGACAUGAAAAAUAAAAAUAAAAAGUUGCUCGAUUA